AUGUUAUUUUUAUUUUUAGUCUUAUAUCUUAGAACGUCGUAUGCACUUCUUCUUACUACAGAUAAUCGUAUUUCUACUCGAAAUAUUACAUGUAAACAUGAUUUAGCAUCAACAACAACAAUCUAUGUACAAAAUUGUGAAGCAUGUCUUAUUACUUUACGUAAUUAUCCAAUUGAAACAACACUUUCAUUGACUGGUUCAGGAUUAGCAGGUUUUUCUUAUACUUGUUUACAAGUCAAUCAAGUUGAAAUGUAUCAUGAAAAUCUUGUUCGUGAAUGUCAUUAUUUUCCACGAAAUACACUCAGUGGUUACGAUGACUUUUGUAUUGCUUCACCAUAUACAUUUGUUCGAGGAUCAUAUCGAGCUUGUAUAUGUACAACAAAUACAUGUAAUUUUAAUUAUACGCAGUGUAUGCGAGAAACAAAUCGAUUUCCUUAUGAGAAAAAAACAUUAUUUACUAAUACAAUCAUGGAAUUAACAAAUCGACUGAAAUGUUAUCAACCUUAUGAAGAUUAUAGAGAACAAUCAUAUUCAAAUUUAAUACCAUUAUGUUCCGAUGAUGAUGAUAUAUGUAAAAAUUAUUUAUUUAAUCAAGGUGUUCUCUGUGCAAUUAGUGUAGAUCGAACCAAUAAAAUCAUUAGACAAACAUUGAUACCAUCAAUUUAUUCAGCAUAUUUAAUAAAAUAUAAAACACGAUUUUGUAAGACAUAUACAGACAAUUCAAAAUAUAUUAUAUUUUCACAAUGUGAAUUAGAAGAGACUGUAUGUAUGUGUACAUAUGAUGAAUGUAAUAAAGAUUUUGAAACAUGUCGUACAAAUGAAGGAAUACGUAAUAAUGAUUAUUUAGUUUUGCUUUUGCUUGUAUUUUUAUUGAAUAUUUGUAUUUAA